GAAGAAAAGCACCUAACACUUACUGUAAAGCGGUUGGUGUUAGGAAGGGUAUCCAGUAAUAGAAACCAUAGCAAAUCAGGAAAUGGAGCACUAUGCAAACCUUGGUUCCAUCAGGUCCUGUCAAAUCAUCCAACCAUCUCAGCAUGGAACAUGAUGUUACCAAUUUUUUUUUAUUCACCUCUUAUGAUUCUUACAUGGUUACUUUUCUCCUUACUACGUUACUGUCUGGGUUUCAAUUUACUGACAGGGAGACUAUGACCCAACCAAAACCAAAGUUAUACACAUGACCAUCAACCCAUCUUUUGUGGACCAGCAGAAGAGAAAAGAGAAGAUUUCUAAUAUGCAAGAUGAAAUUGACCGAUUACAGGCUCGGGUGAAGGUUUUGGAACAGUCUGGUGGCCAAGCUGCUGAUGUUACAUUACAAGUGGAACAGAAACUGCAAGACGGUUGCAAUUGUAAGGAAGUUGUUGAAUUACGUUCUCAGCUGGAGAGUUCAGAAUUAAGGAACAAGCGUCUGCUACAAACAUUCAAGAAGACCAGCCAAGAGGUCAGGGAAGCUACAUACCGUUUAAUGGGUUAUCGUUUGGACAUUACUGGCGCCAAUAACUACAAAUUAUGCAAUGCCUACUCUGAGUCCUCAGAUGACUGUCUCCUCUUCCAGAGAGGACCAUCAGGUGAGCUGCAGUUACUGGAAACCAGCUUCUCCAAGACAACCAGCAAACUCAUUGAACUUUAUCUGGAGAAGCAGGACAGCAUCCCUGCCUACCUGAGCAGCAUCACUUUGGAUCUGUUCAGUCGACAUACAGGAAAUAUGUAGACACAUAAACACUGCUGUGACCAACCGAUAAUGAUGUGGCAUAAUACAUUGCACUCAAAUGAUCACCACAUCAUAUACAUUGACACUGUACAAAAGCAUCCUAUAUGCCUCAUGUCAGUGUCUAUAUUUCAUCAUAUGCAACACCCAGUAACUGGUAUUUAAUGCACUGUUUUAAAAAUACUCAACGCCUUACAUACAUUACACACCCUUUCCCUUACACCACCCAACAUUACAAACUGUCCCAAAUAUAUGCUACCACCACAUCAUUUCCUGCUCUACUCCAUCCCCAGUGUAUUAGCUAUGUCUGAAAGAGAAAGAAAGAGAGAGAGAGAGAGAAAGAAAGACAUACCACUGCCAUCACCAUUAUUUCUAAUGGUGCAUCUAAAAGAUGGUCUUGGGAAAUGCUGUCUACAUUGGAUUGUUUUACAAAUUUUUUUGGUUUUUGAAAUAGAAUUUUGGACAGUGACUUUGAGAAAGCUAAAACAUUGGAAAUAAACACACACACACACACACACACACUCAUACUUAGAAAUAUAUUACAUAUAAAUAAAUCCAUAUAUUUGUAUGUAUGCGUGUCUGUAUAUAUAUAUGUGUGUGUGUAGUCAAUAAAACAUAUAUCAGAGAAGAAGCAUACUCUAAAGAAUAGGGCAGUAAUUAUUAAAACAAAUAUUUAAAUUCUGGUCAUACAGUUACCAAAGGUUUCGUAUCCAUGAAUGCCAAAGCCUUGUAGACAGCUCAUCAGACUAUACAAAGACUAAGAACUUGUACAUAAUAGACACAUACACUUUCGAUAGGCUUUUAAAUGAUUCUAUUACACAAGAAUACAGAUGCGCUUCCCCACACACUUAUAAUAACAUUAACUGUGAAGCUAAACAGAUAGCAAUUAGCCUAGGUAUAGCAGACAGAGUAGAGAUCUUGGCCAAGAGAAAUGCCUUUAUCUCUUUAAAGGACCACAAGCCAAACUUUGCCUCCAACUCCAAAUGCUGCCUGGUCAACCUGGCCAAGUCUGAGAUUGGCCAGGCGAGUAUGUAAUGAGGAAGAUUAAUGAUGACAUAAGAAGACACAUGAGCCUCCCUCUAUCAUGCAGCUCCAAUGAGGUGACUUCAUGGUUUAUUGCCAAAUGGGGGAGAGACAUGGCUAGGUUUACACAGUUUGAUGAAAGUACUUUCCUUUCCUAAGGACUUCACAGAUAUUAGCGACAAUGAUAUUAGCAUUAUCAUGCAUGCUAGGAAGACGGUGCUGUUCAGUAAAGAUUCAACAUGGGUCAAGCAAUCUGACCCCGAGGGCUCCUUUGAUGUGACUAUGGGAGCAUAUGAUAGCACCAAUGUCUGUGAUCUUAUCAGACUGUACAUUCUAGAUAUCUUAGGAAAGAGGUUUCCUUCAGUCCUCUGUGGUUUCUACUGAGAUUAUGCCCUAGCCAUCUCCAGAGGAGCCAACGGGCACACACUAGAUAGGCUUAGGAAGGACCUAAUUAGCCCCUAGUCUCAAUGGGACUCAAAGAUCACCAUUGAGACUAAUCUCACCACAGUAGAUUUCUUAGAUGUUACUUUAGAUCUGUGCUCUGGUACAUACAGGCCUUAUCACAAGCCAAACGAGAAGCUGUCCUAUGUUAGUACAGCCUCCUGCCACCCCUCUAUAGUUUUCAAGAACCUAGUGAAGGGUGUAAACAAGAGGAUCUCAAAUCUAUCCUCUAGCCAAGACAUCUUUGAUGCCACUACCUCCUACAUGCCACACCCUGGCACCCGGAAAAGGAAGUGCUACAAAAACGUCAUUUGAUUUGCUCCACCCUUCUAGCUCAACAUCAAGACUUGUGUGGGAAGGAUUUUUCCUUAGAUUAAUAGACAAACAUUUCACAUACACACAUAGAUACAGGCGAUUAUCCGCAUUACCAGCAAUGUACCAUCAAAUAACAAUAUUAACAGAUCAACCAGGUCUCACACCAGUACAAUUGCCACAGCCAGAGAUGAUGACCAGUCCAGGACUAGCAACACAGAGGAGGUAACCGACGACCCCAGUACCACUGCCACAGAUGAUGAACAAACCAUUAUCAUCAACACUGAUAGAGUGACCAGGCCCACACCAUAUGUUACCACCAGUACAAUCGCCACAGCUAGAGAUGAUGACUAAUCUAGGACCAGCGACACAGAAGAGGUAUCCAGCAUUUCCAGUUUUACCGCCACAGAUGAUGAUCGGUUAUGACGAAGAGGGUCCCAGCUGAUACGAUCAACUGAACAGCUUGCUCGUGAAAUUAAUGUGCAAGUGGCUGAACAUUCCACAGACACAUGUACCCUUAAUGCAGUUCUCAGCGAGAUUCAGUGUGACACAGAAUGUGACAAGGCUAGCCCUUUGAAAUGCAGGUACUACUCAUUUUUGCUAGCUGAGUGGACUAGAGCAAUAUGAAAUAAACUGUUUUGGUUAAGGACACAAUGCAUUGCCAGGAAUUGAACUCAUGACCUUACAAUCAUGAACCCAAUGCCCUAAUCACUAAGCCACACACCUUCACUCUGUAUGUGUGUGUGUGUAUGUAUGUAUGUAUGUAUAUAUAUAUAUAUAUAUAUAUAUAUAUAUAGAGAGAGAGAGAGAGAGAGAGAGAGAGAGAGAGAGAGAGAGGAGUGCAGUGCAGUUAAAAAACUUAGCUUCCAUGCAUGGUGAAUAAUUGAUGUUUAAAUAAAACAUCAAAAAUUUGCCUUGAUACAAAAUAACUGUAAAAGCAGCCAAGAUGAAUAAAGUUUAUUUUAAAAUUA